AUGGUUCAGGAUCAGAAGACAAACGGUUCAUGUAUAGCGAUUACCACUAGGAGUGGUAAGAUUUUAUCUGGACCUUCUACAGAGGAACCAGCAGAACAACACCCAGAGGAGUCUGAGAAGCCGAAUAGCUCUGUUGAUAUAUCGAACAAGGAGAAGGAAGAGGAAGUGAAGAAGUUAGAUCCAGGUGCAGUCAGCAUUCCCUGCAUAAUUGGAACCAUGGAAUUCACUAAAGCACUGUGCUAUUUGGGAGCAAGUGGUAACCUAAUUCCAUUGACUAUUUAUAAAAAAUUGGGUCUGGGGAAUCCCACACCUACCAACAUGAGACUGGUGAUGGCAGAAAGGUCAGUAAAGCGACCUAUUGGUAUUCUGUAUGAUGUGUUGGUAAAGGUCUCAAAUUUCAUAUUCCCCGCAGACUUCGUCAUUCUGGACUACGAGGUGGACUUCGAAGUGCCCAUAAUCUUGGAUCGACCUUUCCUUACAAUCGAAAGUGUGUUGAUCAAUUUGAGAGCGAAUGAGCUCUUAUUCAGGGUGAACGAUGAAGUGCUUGUUAUCGAGCCUUUAGUCGCAGUUGUGAUAAACUAUGAUAGUGAAGGCAUUGAGGAGUAUGAAGAGAUAGCUUGUGCCCUGACUGGCCUGGGCUUGCAUUCUUAUGUUCCUAGAAAUAUGGACCUUGACCUGGAUAAUCGACCAACACCACCAUCCAAGUCGUCUAUUGAAGAACCUCUGGUAUUGGAAUUGAAGGAACUGCCUGGUCACUUACGAUACAUAUUUCUAGGGAAAGAGAGCACGCUACCAGUUAUUAUUGCAGCUGAUUCGGAAAAACAACAGCUUUUGGAGAAGGAAGUGAAAUUCCUCUUCGAUGACGAAUACUUGAAGGCAUUUAAGUGCCUUAAAAAGAAGCUAAUUGAGGCCCCUAUUGUUAAUGCACCGGACUGGUCAAAACUAUUCGAAAUAAUGUGUGAUGCAAGUGGUGUCACGCUGGGAGCUGUAUUGGGACAGAAAAGGGAUAAAUUAUUUCACCUGAUAUAUUAUGCCAGCAAAGCACUGAAUAGAGCAUAA